AUGAUUCAAGCUGCACACAUUGGUAUCGGUAUCUCAGGUGUUGAAGGUCUUCAAGCAGCACGUUCGGCCGAUGUUUCGAUUGCGCAAUUCCGGUACCUUCGCAAGCUGUUGCUCGUCCACGGAGCCUGGUCAUAUCAAAGAAUCUCCAAGAUGAUCUUGUAUUUCUACUACAAGAACACGGCACUUUUCAUGACCCAAUUCUGGUACUCUUUCCAAAAUGGCUUCUCUGGAGAAGUCAUCUUCGAAUCCUGGACGAUGAGUUUCUAUAACGUCCUCUUCACAGUGAUGCCUCCCUUUGUUCUUGGUAUUUUUGACCAGUACGUUUCAGCUCGUUUGCUCGAUCGAUACCCUCAACUCUACCAACUCAGUCAGAAGGGUGUGUUCUUCAGAAUGCAUUCCUUCUUCAGCUGGGUAGCAAACGGCUUCUACCACUCUCUCAUCCUUUACUUUGUCUCUGAACUUAUCUGGUUGUGGGAUGCACCACAAAGCGAUGGCAAGAUUGCUGGACACUGGGUCUGGGGAACGGCUCUCUACACAGCAGGUCUCAUCACUACCCUUGGUAAAGCAGCACUCAUCACCAAUCUGUGGACCAAGUACACUGUGAUUGCGAUACCUGGCAGUCUUGCAGUCUGGUUCAUCUUCUUGCCCAUCUACGCGACUGUUGCACCCAAGCUCGGAUUCAGCAUGGAGUAUGCUGGCGUUGUUCCAAGACUGUUCCCCAGUCUUACAUUCUGGUUGACGAUCAUUGUUCUUCCCAUCCUUUGCCUUCUCAGAGAUUAUGCCUGGAAGUAUGCCAAGCGCAUGUACUACCCCCAAGCCUACCAUCACGUUCAGGAAAUCCAGAAGUACAACAUCCAGGACUACCGACCAAGGUACGUAUUUUCAUUUUGGUUCGCGUUCCAGAGGCCCACUGACAUCGAAAUANGGAUGGAGCAAUUCCAAAAGGCAAUUCGCAAAGUUCGUCAAGUACAGCGCAUGCGCAAACAGCGUGGUUACGCAUUUUCGCAAACCGAUGAAUCGCAAGCCAGAGUUUUGCAGGCUUACGACACGACGAGAGAAAGAGGAAGAUAUGGUGAGAUGGCAAGUAGCAGGGACUAA